AUGCCACAAUAUUACUCGACAACAGCGUUGGUCGCAUUCUCGACUAUAAUGAAAGAAUCCUCAGCGACAUACAAAGAUUUUGAAGCUCAAUUAGUAGAGCAGCGUCUGAAUUCCAGCUGGAAAGUACGUAAAACAUUUGCUGGUAAAGGUUUUUGGAGGAUGGAAUGCCAGAGAACGGAAAUAUACCCUUUAGGAGUCGUUGGCGUUACUAACGACUGUUAUAUGUGCCGAACGUUACGAACGGUUGAACUGACACGAGAUAGAUAUAAAAAAGUGGUGGAAUUGGAAGUUACUGCUACACCCGUCGUUAGCUCAAAUACAUUGGAUCACAAAC